AUGGAUAAUCUCCAGAAGAGGAAUCUAACUUUUAUUACCAUUGGACUAAUAUUCAUGCUGAGUGGCAUAGAGUAUGCGGUCAUUCUGCCAACAAUAUGGCGUUAUCUCCAGAUCUUAGAUGCCCCUCCGUACUUCUUGGGUCUGGGUCUGUCUGCUUUCAGUUUAAGCAGCCUUCUCAUUGGUCCGUUCUUUGGAUGCUGGUCAGACCGCAGUAGAACUACCAAGUCUAUUAUUCUCUUCGCCAAUCUAUUUGAGAUUGCCGGUAACUUCAUGUAUUUUAUUGGCUAUUCAAAGUGGAUGUUGUUAUGCAGUCGUCUUGUGGCAGGUGUCGGUGCAGGAUCAGGAUCGUCCAUCUUUGGUUACAUCACUAGGAGCACCCAGCCGGAUGAACGAGCUAGCAUCUUUGCAGCCAUCAUGGCUUGCCGACAAGCCGGCCUCCUUGUGGGGCCAGCGUUCAACCUGUUCCUGCGGCUGUGUGAUUUCAAACUUGGACCCUUUGUUGUGAACAAGUUUACAUCUCCUGGGAUGUUCAUGUGUUUGCUGUGGGUGCUGCAGCAGUUUGUGGUCCUGGCUAUGUACUGGGACGUACCACCUAUCAGCACCACAGAGGGGGCAGUCCUGAUGGUGGACCUCAAACUGGAGGACGAGGAGGAGGUGCCGCUGAUGGGGUCAGAUGAUGAGGUGCACACGUACAGAGCUGUCACCUCCCACCAAUCGGAGCCCUCGUCCUCCUCAUCUGAAAUGCAAGCACCCCAUGAGAUACCCUGGUCCGAUUCCGAACCGUUCAACAGCCUUAGCGCCAGUCGAGAGUUCCUGAGGGAGGAGGUGAUUGUUCUCCUCACGGCUCAGUUCAUCACUCUCUUCAAUCAGACUGCGCUGGAGACCAUGGUGACUCCUCUGACGCAGCGCUACUUCAGCUUUGGCGAGCUGGGCAACAGUGUGAUGUACAGCCUGUGCGGCGUGGAGGUCAUCCUGGGCUUCCUCUUUGUUCGCUGGCUGAGCGGGAAGGUGGCGGACCGUGCAGUGCUGGCGGUGGGCCUGGUCAUCUGUUGCACCGCCUGUAUCUGGUGCCUCGUGUUCCUCUGCAACCUUCAAGGUAACUACGAGUGGGAGAUGUCGGCCUUCGUCAUCGGCGUCUUCCUCCAGCUGCUGGGGCUCCCCUUCGUCGCCGUGUCUCAGGUGUCUCUGUUCUCCAAAGUCACGGCAGAGAAAACACAAGGAUUCAGUCAAGGCGUGAGGCGAUCGGUAGGGGGCCUCGCCACCAUCCUGGGUCCCUUGUGGGCUGGCGGAUUGACCAAUCAUUUAUACAUCAUGCUGGGCGUGAUGCUGGCUCUCCUCUUGAUGGUCUCAGUUAUGACGGCGUUGUCAUACGGACGCCUGACUCAGCCCAGAGCGGUGCAGUGCGCCCAGAGCUCUGACAGUGGAGGAUAGAGCUGCAGGCGGUGAAAAAAGAGCUGGAGAAGCUAAAAACAGAAGCAAUUCCCUUCAUCUCAGAAAGGAUCAAUGCAGAGGGACAGCAGAAAUAAAACAUACUGUCACUGCCAGAAAUUGAGUUAAAAUACCCUGCUUUAGAAGCUUUGCGCCUGCAGACUAGCAAGCUAUACCCCUGCAUGUGGUUCAGUUGCUGACUAAUAACGUUGUCUUGCACUAGGGGGCACUGUUGCUCUCAUGUUGUGGCUGCAAUGGGGCAGCAUUGAAGAUGAAAGCCCUUCUUCUCCAACUAAACUAUUUAUAGUCCCAGGUGUUGAUGGAAAGAUAAGAGGAGAGGUUUUUCCA